CGGGGACCGAAGUGGUGGCGGCGCCGAAGUGGUGAGACAGGCUGUGGCGGUGUUUGCAGCAGCAGCAGCGGGAGGGACUGGCAGCUGCACCUCUACUCUAUGAUCAUUAUUUUCCCUCCAGUAAUCCAGACGAGUGACCAGUGUGUGACCAGAAGCUCUGCCAUCCUGCUCUCUUUGAACAUUUUGAAUCGGUUUCAACAUGGAUGGUUACCCCGCCAUGGAUCAGCUUCUGCCAUCACCGGGGUUCAGUAUUCCCAGCAUUGGGACGCCCCUGCCACACUCAGGGGAGGAGGAGAUGAUAUUGCUCUCUGCUCAGCAAAAGCAGCAACAACAGUCUACUCAGGAACAACAGCAACAGUCCUCACAGCAGCAGCAGCCACAGGGUUCACAAAUGGGGCAGCAACAGCAAGGAUCACAGAUGGGGCAGCAGCAGUUCAGCAGUGGCCUCACACCACACACACUCCUGCAGCCCCACACACCAAACCUGAUGUCCCCAGCCAUGGGCACUGGUGGGUCGCAGGUUGGGGUGGGCAGCAUGUUUGGCUCAGCACUGGGACCCUCCACUCCAGCUGGAGGACCCAUGACUCCCAUGACCCCACACUCCAAUGACCCAGGCAUUGUGCCACAGCUACAGAACAUUGUCUCCACAGUCAAUCUCAACUGCAAACUUGACCUCAAGAAAAUCGCCCUACAUGCACGUAAUGCAGAGUACAAUCCCAAGCGGUUUGCAGCGGUGAUCAUGAGAAUCCGUGAGCCUCGCACCACCGCCCUUAUUUUCUCCUCAGGCAAGAUGGUGUGUACGGGUGCCAAGAGUGAGGAUGACUCCAGACUAGCAGCAAGGAAAUAUGCUCGGAUUGUACAGAAACUCGGGUUUCCAGCAAAAUUUAUGGAGUUCAAGAUACAAAAUAUGGUGGGCAGUUGUGAUGUUAAGUUCCCUAUCAGACUGGAAGGCCUUGUGCUCACCCACAGUCAGUUCAGCAGUUAUGAGCCGGAGUUGUUCCCUGGCUUGAUCUACCGCAUGGUGAAGCCUCGUAUUGUGCUCCUUAUAUUCGUGUCUGGCAAGGUGGUACUCACAGGUGCAAAAGUGAGGAAUCAGAUUUAUGAAGCAUUUGACAACAUUUACCCCAUCUUAAAAAGCUUCAAGAAGCAAUGAUGACACAUUGGGCACCACAGAAGUGAGUGUUUUGGGGGGUUGUGGGGAAGUCUUUUUACAAUGUACAAACUGUAUGUUUUAGUUUAACCCUUUUUAUUUAUCAUAAUAAUGAUAAUAGUAAUAAUAAUAAUAAUGAUGAUGAUAACUAUAAUUAUUAUUAUUAUUAUUUUUUUUUUUUCCACAAAAGCUGUCCAGAUUUUUUUUUAUAUGUUCUGCCAGAGCAGUCCUGAUUUUUAUAGUUUGGCGAGCUUUGGGAAUGGAAACUUUCAAUAACAUCUUUAAUUUUUCAUUGCUACAAAAACACCAUGUAAAUCUUUGUAUUGUGUAUAUUAGCUUAUACCUCACAUACUCAUUUAAGUUGGAGGGAAGGAGACAAGUUGCAGUGCAGUGUUGUUUUCAUGGCACUCACAGAGAGUUGGGGACACUCUCCUGGCAUUGCUCUCUCCUCCACAUGUUGGUUUGUCAGUCCCACAGACAUUCUCAGUACAUUAGAGUCUCUCAACAAUUUGAAAAGAAAAUUAGGCCUAAUCACUUUAUUUUACAAAGAAAUAGAAAGCAAAAAUAAAAAAAACAUUUGAAAUUAAAUUUGAAAAAGAUAUUGAUAUAUAGUGGCUUUUUGGUAUUUGUAAUUUUGCUGUGAUCCUUGGCUAUAUGAUAGAUUAUGUGUAGAAGUUAUACAGUUUCUGAUUCAUGAAACACUUAUCAUAUGAUAACGCAUUUUGGCAGUUUAGGUCGCUGCUGACGUGAAAUCCUACUGGUGCAAAACAAAAAUAUUUAUUAAUACUAUUAUAAACAUUUUAUACUCCUAACCUCUCUUGGAGGGUAUUAUUCUCAGUUUUUGUUAUUUUUAUGAUUUUCUUUAAUGUAACCUUUGCAAAUACCAAAGAUUCAUUAUAUAUUUAAGCUUAUUUGAUGAUAAUCUUUGUCAUCACAAGUGGCUUCAUGAAGAGUAAUGAUGGCUAUGGUGUCAUGUAAAUCUUUGUACCAAAAGACUAACAAAAAGUGGUGAUACUUCCUGACUGGUUUGGUUAUGCAUACUAUAGACAAUUGUCUUAGUAAUAAUUCUCUGAGAAAACUUAUCCUUGAAUAUGUGAAUCUGGUAAUUUAAAUUAGCUUUGAAAAUGUGCAAAGGAGUGUAAAUUAUAUGGAUGAAAGAAAUUGAUAAAGACAAGUUUCUUAGUCUUCACUCGCAUCCAGAGGUGCAGGAGGCAGGGUUGGCAUUUAACCCCCCCCAAAAAAAAAAAACUUUUUGGGGGGUUAAAAAAUAUUUUAUAUAUCAAAAUUUAGUUCUAUAUCAUAUUGAUAAAUAAGGUCUAUAUAUGUACAUAUACCUAUCCCUCCUUUAUCACCUUUAACUGGUUACACACCCAAUUUUAUUCGUCCCCGUGUCAUCCAUCACACUGCCCACCUGUCUGUCACCCCUGUCAAUCAAAAUCUGUCCAGUUGUCUGUGCCACAUGUUGGCAUCAAGAAAACAAUACAGUUUGUUAAGUAUAAUAUGACUUUCAACUUGACGUGUAGUUUGAAGCUUGUGAUGUACAUGAUUUCUAAAGAUGGCACAGGUGAUUGUCAGUGCAAUAUUGAGAGACUCAACUGUACUGCAUCAUUCCCAGAACCCUUGUAGUGGUAAACUUAGAAAUUUGGUUGAUUCCUAUUGACUGAGGUAGUCAACUUUGCAGGGAAAUGGAAUGUGUAUCUCCAUAACAUAAUGUUGUUGUUGUGUUGGAGUAGUGAGUUAAUCAAGCAGUUUACCCUUUCUUUAGUUAUCUGAAAACUUCUCCAUCUCAUUUUUAGUAAUAGAGGAAUCUGGUAAUAUUAUGUAAAAAUUUAAGUAUAAAGGAAAUCAGUAAGCAGAAAUUAUGUUGAGCUGCAGGUAAAAUAAGCCAUCACCUUGUCAGGCCUUGCAUAUCAUCUUCUGCAAGAGUAUUUUUCCUACAUAGUGUGAGAGAGAAGUAUAUUUAACUCACUGUAAAUUCAUAGAUGACAGACAACAACAACUGUUGAGUAGAUACUUCAGUCUUUGCCAGUAUUCUUGUAAAAAACUUACAAUUUUAUUUUGUACAUCAUUUGAAAAUAAUUGUCACCAAAAUAAAAGUCAGGUACAGAAAGUAAAUGAAGGACUAGAAUCUUUCUCCUGAUUGGUCAAGAAGAUCUUUGGGCAUUUGCUUAGUGGUGGUCUUUUGGGUGUAGAUUUAUAAAUUGAUAUACCUUUGACCUUACUUCCUUCUCUAAAAUAUGAAUAAAUGUUUGUGUGGAUAUAUAGAUGAUAGUGAAUGAAUAUAUUUUUAUAUACUAAUUAAUUCUUGACACAUUAUAGCAUCUGAGAAAAA